ACCAAUAGAGCACUCAAGGACCGUGCUAUCGGCAUAUUUCUUCUUUCCUUACAACGUACAUGUGAAGUGCGUGCAGCGUGAUAACGGUUAAUUGAUUGUGUUUUCUUUGUUGUGCAUCUCGUUAAAUUACCAUAAAAUAAUGAAAUUAAGAGAUCAAAAGCGAAUGAUGCUGAUGUUGAUACUAGUAAUUGGUGUUCAGGCACUUGUUGAUGAUCGGCCAUGUCCCGCCAACAGCACGUGUGUACAUCCGCUUAGAUGUACGAGGGCGAUCCGCGAUUGGGCCGAUUUGCCGCACGAAACCGACCCAUCAGUGACGCCAGUUUUCGAUCGAACGUAUCAACAACGCUGUCGGUUUAGUACCAAGUUCGAGGGCAUCUGUUGCCAGACGGGUGCCAUCGCCGACUCCGCAGAAGUGCUAGCAGACUGCCAUCGACGGCGGCCGCAACGGGCGACGGCGAUGGCUGGUGGGGAAACGGCGGAAUUUGAACGAUUGCCUCCAAGCGAAAAUAGUGAUGCCACCACUGGCUGUGGUCGGAAAGUGCACCGGAGAGCGUUUGCGGAUUACGACCAGUUAUACGGCAUAAACACAACGAAUCAACCCCACUCCCGCACCAAACGGUGCAUCAUCGGUCCGAGGUGCAAAGAUGAACACAUGCGCUACCGACGGUUCGAUGGGCGCUGCAACAAUAUCCAACCCGGGCGGAGUCUAUGGGGUUCUGCCGGAUACCCAAUGGAACGGGUACUAGCUCCAGCGUACGGAGACCGUGUCGGAUCGCCACGGAAAAUGUCCACCGCUGGCGGCAACGUUCUCCCGAGUGCUCGUCGAAUAUCCGCUCUACUAUUUGACGAUGUGCACGUUCCGGACAAGCGGUAUAACGUAUUGAUGAUGCAGUUCGGUCAAUUUCUGGUGCACGACAUCACAAAAAGUCAACCGGCUGCUAAGGAUGUUGCUUGUUGUGUUCACAGUGGUAUCGAAUCACAUCCGGAUUGCUUACCGAUUGCGGUCGCUUCGAACGAUCCAUUCUACUCGCAGUUUGGUGUGAAAUGUAUGGAGUUCGUGAGAACGGCCGUCGUACCGAAGUCACGAUGUCAAGCUGGUCACGCCCGACAGAUAUCUGCCGUUACACAUUUCAUAGACGGUUCGGGUAUCUACGGAAGCUCAGCUGCCGAGGCCAACAGUCUAAGAGCACACGAGGGAGGUAGGCUGAAAUCUUUGAUGCAUCGCCAAUCGCCCAAUGAACUGCCACCAUUGGAAACGAAAGCAGGAGCUUGUAGACGAGACGCGGAUAUGUGUUUCAAAGUAGGAGACGAACGAGUGAAUCAGAUUGUCACAUUGGUUGCCGUUCAAACGUUGUUCCUACGGGAACAUAAUCGUAUCGCGCGAGCCUUGCAGAAUAUCAAUCCUCACUGGAAUGAUGAGAUGAUUUUUCAGGAAGCUCGUCGAAUUGUGGCAGCUGAGAUUCAGCACAUUGUGUACAGCGAGUAUCUACCGAAAGUUGUUGGGCCAGGUUUCAUUGACCAGUUUGACCUGUUUGCUUCCGAGGGGCACAGUAAUUUCUACAACCCGAAGAUAAAUCCGUCGAUUACGAGCGAGUUUUCUGCUGCCGCCUUCCGUUUCGGUCAUUCCACAGUUCCCGGGCAACUCAAACUCCUCACGAACGUGUGUUUCAGGCUCCCACAAGGAUUCGUAGACACCCACAAAACCUUCUUCAAUCCGUCGCCACUGCGUAAUCCACCCUUCUAUGAUGGUCUAUUCCAAGGGAUGCUGCAACAACCGAUGCAAAAGAUGGACGAUAAAUUUGCUCACAGUUUGACGUGGUUUCUGAACUCUAAGGAGCAACAACCGUUCGGAUCGGAUCUUGCCUCUAUAAACAUUCAGCGUGGACGAGACCACGCCUUGCAACCUUAUAAUCAUUAUCUACGUCUGAGCGGACGUCGGAUGAAAAAAGACUUCAAAGAUUUCGGCCCAUUGGCAGGACCAAAGCUACAACAACUAUACAGCACACCGAACGACGUAGAUCUGUACGUCGGAGGGAUUCUUGAAAGCCCCGUACAGGGAGGCAUCGUUGGGAAAACGUUCGCCGAAAUCAUCAGCGACCAGUUUUCCCGGCUCAAGCGAGGCGAUCGGUAUUUCUACAGCAACGGUCUGCGAUCGAAUCCGGGUCACUUCACCAAGCUGCAGCUGGAACAGUUGCAGCGGGUGACGCUUGCAGGAAUACUCUGUGCAAAUGCCAACGAUCCGUCUAGUUUCAAAGUUCUCCCGGAUGCUUUCGCCGUGCCGCAUGGUACCAGCAAUCCGCUUGUAUCGUGCCGAUCGGACAAAAUUCCGAAGCUGAAUCUGAAAUUGUGGAAAGAUUGAGAUUGUUAUGUUUUUAGCUUCGUCUUGUUGAUAUUUGUAAAUUGCAUUUAUUUUAGAAUGUAUAGUUGUAGAUAAAUCGUUUAAUACUUGUGUAUGCAUUUAUGUUGUUUUGAAUAAAAAAAAGUGUGUGUUAUUAAAG